AUGAUUAGGAAAAUAUUGGAGUGGAACAAAAUGAUGAUGAUAAUGAAGAUAUCUGCUUUCCUUUCCUUGAUGGGAUCAUCUGCCAAUAAUAAUCUUAAUAACAAUGUUGAAGCUAGUCGUGGUGGCAUCAAUCCAAGCCUCAUCAUCCCAAAACUUUUAAACAAUAAUAAUCAUGCAAGUUACCUUCCCAGUUUUAGUUCAUCAAAGCAGAAAGAUUGUUGUGAUGAAUGCGUUUGCGAUGAUUUACCACCAUCGUCACCCUCAGAUGAUGAUACUCGUGGUCCAAGCUAUAUGUGCAUGUGUAAAGAUGAGUUUGAAUACUCUUGUCCUGAAUCUUGCAAAAUUUGUCAGUGUGACAAGUUUAAUCCUUCAGUAUGUCACUGUGCAAGAUUCGCCAUCAAUGCUUGUCCUUUACCAGUAUGCACUUGA